CCUCUGUCUUUUUGGUGCUGGGCACGACACAGACACGGAUGUCCAUUUUAAAGGCUCAUGUCCGUGUUCUGAAGCAUUCUCAAUAGGAGUUUCCAGAAAUUGGCUGUGAUGUAUCGCAGAAUCCCGACCUUCUGUAAAUCCAGGCUGGUGUUUCUGUUUUUGAUUCUGAUCAGCCUGAUUCUGCACGUCCUGAUCGCCCUGCUGCCGGCUCAGGAGGUGUACGUCAACGUAUGCGCCCGCGACACGCAGCACGAAGAUCACGCGGGCCACGCGCUCCCAAAGCAGCCGGCGUUGAAAGGCAGGACGCCGAAGAAGAACAGGGAUCUACAGAAUGUUGCCGGCAGCGAGACCCGGAGCCGUGCGUCCCAAUCCCUGGAAAAGGCGCGGCGCUCUUCGAGUGCCAGUGGGCAGCCGUUCACCAGCAAGUGGUCCUCAAAGUCGGGCUCCGGGCCCGACAGUAACCUGCAGAGGGACGGCUACAGGCUGAACACGUCCAAGCUGGCAGCACUAUUUCAGCACCCGCUCUACAAAACCCCUCCUCCCCCUCUCACACCGGACGACCAACUCUUCUCAGUAAACUCAGCAGAGAGGUUCACCGCCAGGAGCAGCGACAGUGACGGCUGGGUCAGCCAUGAGCAGGAGUAUGUCGUGCCAGACGGUGAGUCUCCUGCAGAUACAUACCCCAACUGGCUGAAGUUCUACAUUGGAAUUAACCGAUAUGAGCUCUAUGCACAGAACAGCAGCCUCCUAGCUUCCAUGCUGAACGAGCUUGCAACCUUGAAGAUAGUCCGUGUCGUUCAGAAACUCGGUGGGACCCAGUUGAAGCUGAUGAUGACGUUGAACAACUUUGGCAAGGCCUUGUUUAAACCAUUAAAGCAGACCCGGGAAGAGGAAACGUCCCCAGAUCUCUUCUACUUCUCUGAUUUUGAGAGGCACAACGCCGAGAUCGCGGCCUUUCACUUGGAUCGAAUUUUAGGUUUCCGCCGGAUCCCCCCAGUCGCAGGCCGCCGAGUCAACGUGGUGAAGGACAUCCGAGACUUGACGACGGAUAGUCACCUCGAGCGGACAUUCUUCGUCUCACCAGUGAAGAAUGUUUGUUUCUACGGCGGCUGCUCAUACUACUGUGACAUGGAGCACCCUCUCUGUGGGAAGCCCGAGUUGAUGGAGGGCUCCAUGGCUGCCUAUUUGCCUGACGUUACUCUCGCCAAGCGUCUGUCCUGGAGGAAUCCUUGGAAACGGUCGUACCACAAGAGCAAGAAAGCCAAGUGGGAAGUGAACCCCCGAUACUGCGAGAAGGUUAAAAAGAUGGCACCGUAUAAGACCGGAACCCGUCUGGUUGAUCUGAUGGACAUGACCAUCCUGGACUUCCUGAUGGGCAACCUGGACCGACAUCACUAUGAAACAUUCCAGAAGUUUGGUAAUGACACCUUCCUCCUUCACUUAGAUAAUGGCCGAGGGUUUGGAAGGUACUCUCGGGACGAGGUCUCUAUCCUGGCGCCUCUCCAACAGUGCUGCAGGAUCCGGAGAAGCACCUUCCUCCGGCUGCAGCUUCUGGCCAGCGAUGCCUACAGGCUGAGCGACGUGAUGCGGGAAUCGCUGCGGGCUGACCCGCUCUCUCCCAUCCUGGCCGAGCCUCACCUGGCCGCUCUCAACCGCAGGCUGCUCACCGUCCUGCAGACCACCACACACUGCAUCAAGCAACACGGUGAACACAGCGUGCUGCAGAACGACAUGAAACCUUGGCCAGCAGCUCAGCAGUGAGCAGGGCGGAUCAGUCCAGUGGUCUGUGCUAGCAGCCCCCGGGCAAGACGGCCGUAAGCAGCAACCUUCAAGUUAUAAAUGCUCCAUGCACUCAAGCUUUGUAAAGACCCUGCGAGUCA